AUGGAUCAGCCGGAUGACUUGGAGGAACCGUUCCGGAUCCAUCUCAACUUGGACAAUCUUCCCGAGGUUAGAAGGGAGCCGCACGUCUUCUUCGAAACUUUCAAUGAAAUGUGUUCAGGAAGAGGCAAAGUCUCGUUUCUCGCUGCUCUACGACGAACGGACGAAAAGUAUGCGGAAGCGGGAGAACACGAGGUACCUGAGACCCGUAUUCAUCGAUGGAAGCGACGUUUCGAACAGGUACCCUCAAAUUGGCCGUCGCCUAGAUAUCAUGUUUUUCUGUAGAUUGAACCACAUGAUCCGCAAGAACAUGAACCUUUUCCCGGUCGACAAGUCGGUCUUUAACGUCCGUGCGGUCAGCAUGGCUCUCUGGCACUUUAUCUCCAGGGGACACGCGGUUAGUAAGGACCAUAUAGUGGUCAGUUUCAAUGAGAACACAAACUUGGAAGUGUCAUUGUUCAGUAAUAAAUUGAUAAAGGGUUCAGUCCAAUAAUCCAAUUCACAGCUUCAGAGUACUGGCAAAUUGUGUGAUAACUCCAAACUGGAUUGGCGUAUUAUCUCAAAACUUCUACUUUCCAGGCACUCGUCUUCCUGCCCACAAAUCUUCGCGAGUUCGCCAAAAAGUGCUCGGACCCGCACGAGCUGUGUCUUCUGUCCAAGCUCGAGUUGAUUGUGUUCGAUGAGUCCAGUGAGUGGCCACCUAAAUACUGUUUCACAUUCGGCAUUCGUCUGUUUUGUACUUUAAAAGGGGAUUUGUUUGCGCAUUCUUUUCGAAAUAUUUCGAAAUUUUCGAAAUUUUCUGAAAAUUACCGCAAUUCCAGCACUUUUCCGCUAUUUUUGUGUUUGAUAUCGACGAAAGAAGAGCACAUUAAAGAGAGAAAACAUUGAAAUUUUCGUGAAAACGCUGCGUUUGAGACGUUUUUGGCAUAUUUCGCAAUACGCUCUCCGCGGCCAAUCGCCGCCGCAAUUUCGGAAUUUUCAUACCGGCCGAUGUGGAUAGUUUUGAGACGAAGUGAGUGUCGGAAGUGAUUAAGCACGUUAAUACAAGUAUUUUAAGCAUUCAAACGGCAAAAAGUAUCGGCGAAUGACUGAAAUUCGCGCAUUUUCAGCACAAAACUUGAAAAUCGAUUCAAUUGAUUCAUUCAUUUCUGAAUGAAACCUGCUCGUUUUAAGCUCAAAAAGUGCGCGCGAUUAUUAGUUUAACAAAGUUAUGCAAUUACAUCGUCGAAACCCGUACAAAAUUCGGGUAAUUUUUGACGAAAAACAUGAAAAAUGGGGUUAAAUUUCGAAUUUCGCGCCAAAAUGGGGAUAAACCGUGCACGCUAGGCCCCACGCCCGUUUCUACGUUUUUGGUCGCCGUGCAUGGGCACAUGCUCAUUGCCUUCCUCACAACCAAAGUCCCGUUCCAGCCUCACCCCUGCACCCGUCCUCGGCCCUGAUUCUCUCGCGAACGAUUGCCACGUACGCGCUGAACAACGACGGUUGCAUAGUGGGCAGCCGGAAGAAGUACGCACUGCUCGGCCAGAAGUUUCCCGAACUCUUGGACCGGGUCACCAACGCGCUCAUCCGUCCUUCGUUCUCUCUCGAACACGAGCUGAACGUCGGCGACUCGGUUCGUAUGGUCCUGGCGGUGAGAGAAUAUCCGAAGAUUGGAACGGACGAAUCGGAAAGGUGGUGUUUUUAGGCAGACGAAGUGCGGCGGAACGAGGAGACGGCCAGCUGCAUGAACUUUCAGAUGUUGGCCAGCGAUCAGGUCAUCAUCAUGAGCAAGUUGGCGAGGAUCAUCGGAAAGAGUUGGUUUUUGAGCUCAAACGGUUCUUUUAUUGAAACAUGUGAAGCUCUUGCUUGACAUUCGAAUUCAUCUUGAAGCAGAACACUUUGUUCUGGCAAUCGCGCUCCACUACCAAAAACCUACUUUUGAACUGUAUGAAACGGAAAAUUUUGCACGUUUUUGGAAAAUUUUAGUCUUUUUUAUCACUCUUUUUUUUUGAAAAGCAAAUUUUUAAUUAAGUCGUUAAAAGUCAUUCGGGCGACAUCAUCAAGGUGAACAAGUGCUCGUAUUCAAACGGUCUUGAAACUGUAAAUUUUUGAUUUUUCAAAAAUUUUGACCUGAAAGUCAGAAUUUUGCAGGUUUUCAACCGAAGAAGGUUGUUUGAAUGGCUUUUCAGUGGAGUGUUGUUUGAAAUUGCUAUUAUUUUAGCCUAGAACAAAAUGUUUUGGCUCAAAAUUUGAGAAAUGAAAUUUGCAGACGCGAUGAUCGAUUUGUGCAGCCGUGCGCGCGAGAUCAACAUUGUCUCGGCGGCGUCGCGUGAUCUGCGCAAGGCUCCGAUGCUGCGGCGGCAGUCCCCGUCGGCUCACCGCGUUCAUUCCUCGCCCUACCACUUCAACGAUCCGUUUCUGCCCGAAUACGUGGCUCCGCCGCCGCCGAACGCACUGGAAACUGUCAAAAGACCGUCUCGGAUCGGCCACAAACACUCGAUCUACCGAGUCGGAGGCGAGAAGAUCGCGGCGAUCAAGGAGGAGGGAGAAAUGCCCGCCUACCGUCGCAAUGCGCUUAUCAAUGCGCUCGAGCCAAUGUUCGGGCUCGAGAAGGCGACGACGCUCGUGACGAACAAUCCGGAAAUGACGGAUAUCAAUGAGUUGGUCGAGAUUGGAAUUGUCGAGUGA